AUGGCAGAUCUUCAGCAAGCAAUCCUUCAAAUGGCGGAGCUCCUGCAGAAGCUAGCGCAGCCGACACCAGCACCUAGCAACCCGGAGCAAACAAUCGAAGCCUUAGCAACGAACAUUAGUGAAUUUUCAUUCGACCCGGAAAACGGAAUAACCUUCGAGAAGUGGUACAGCCGUUACGAGGACCUUUUCGAUUCCGACGCCAGGAACUUGGACGAUGCCGCCAAGGUCCGACUGCUGCUGCGAAAGUUGGAUACACCGGCACAUACCCGGUACGUCAACUUUAUCCUGCCAAAGCUGUCAAAAGACUUGAAUUUUGCCGACACUAUCAAAACCCUCAAGAAAAUUUUCGAAGCGCAAAUGUCCAUAUUCAGCAAACGGUACCAGUGUCUGCAGCUAGUAAAAACGGAAGCAGAGGACAUAAUCAAUUACGCUGGCAAAGUCAACCGUGCUUGUGAGGAUUUUGACUUCAAAAACAUGAAAAUUGAUCAAUUCAAAUGCCUGAUGUUUGUCUGUGGUCUCAAAGGUCAUGACUACGCGGACAUUAGAGCAAGACUACUCUCCAGAAUCGAAAACGAAGUAGCAGGGACACCCGUCACUCUUCAAACCCUGAUCGACGACUAUCAACGGCUCGUCAAUCUUCAAGCGGACACUUCCAUGAUCGAGCGUCCAUCAUUCUCGAAAUCAACGGUGCACGCACUUCAAGAAAAGAAUGACAGAGGAAUCCAUCGUCAGAAACAGCCAUCGAAGCCGGAAAGUAAAACUCCCCGCACCCCUUGUUGGCAAUGUGGACAAAUGCACUAUAGGGUUAUUGCAGCUGCUUUUCCAAGCAAAAUCAGUGAAACCGGAAGAGGAGAAAAGUCAUCAUUCAAAUCCAGCAAAUCCACCAGAAAAGCAAAAUCCCGAGGCGUAUAUGUUGUGAACCACAUCGCUCAACAUUCAAACAAGCGAAAGUACGUGCCCACAUUCAUUAAUGGCGUAGCAACCAAGCUACAAUUGGAUACAGCGAGCGACAUCACGGUGAUCUCGAAACAAACGUGGAACUACUUGGGAAGACCUGCAAUCAAGAAACCAACUAUUCAAGCCAUGAACGCAUCAGGCAAGCCGCUCAAGCUCAUGGGCGAAUUCCAGUGCGAAAUAUGCAUCAACGACAGAAGCACCCAAGGACGCUGUUUUGUAACAUCUACUGCCAACCUCAACCUCAUGGGCAUCGACUGGAUAGAAUUGUUCGGACUAUGGUCAAUUCCCAUCGACUCGGUCUGCAAUCAAAUCAAGAUGAAGUCGCUCGAUCAGCAAGUUCGUGAGUUCCGAGCAAAGCACUCAGAAGUAUUCAGUAAAUCUCUAGGACAUUGUAAGAAGUUGAAGGUAAAACUCUAUCUGAAAUCAAAUUCCAAACCAGUAUUCUGUCCAAAACGACCGGUUCCAUUCAACACUGUACCAUUGGUUGAUGCCGAACUCACACGGCUACAAUCAUUGGGCAUCAUUCAGCCGGUCGAUUUCUCUGAAUGGGCUGCUCCUAUCGUGGCGGUACGCAAACACGGCCGAGUCCGCAUCUGCGCGGACUACUCGACUGGACUCAAUGAAGCGCUGAAGCAUCAUUAUCCGCUUCCAACUCCGGAGGAAAUUUUCGCUCAACUCAACGGCAGCACCAUCUUCAGUAUCGUCGACCUUUCAGACGCUUACCUGCAACUCGAGGUAGAUGAUGAUUCCAAGAAGUUACUCACGAUUAACACCCAUCGUGGCUUGUUCCAGUUCAAUCGCCUAGCACCAGGGGUAAAAUCAGCGCCAGGAGCUUUCCAACGUCUGGUAGAUGCAAUGAUUGCCAACAUACCAGGAGUCCGUUCAUUUAUCGACGAUGUUAUCGUAUUCUCAAAGGACAUGGAGUCACAUUUGGCAUCACUCAACCAACUGUUCCAGCGGUUAAAGAAGUAUGGGUUCCAUGUCAAAGCUGAGAAAUGUAGUUUUUUUCAAUCACAACUCGGCUACUUGGGACACAUCGUGGACAAGCAAGGCAUCCAUCCUGAUCCCGAAAAGGUAAAAACAAUCACUACAAUUCCACCACCAACCAACAUCUCCGAGCUCCGGUCGUACCUGGGUGCAGUCAACUUUUAUGGAAGAUUCGUGCGCAACUUACAAGCAUUGCGCCAUCCGAUGGACCAGCUCUUGAAGAAAGAAACAAAAUGGCGGUGGACCCCAGAAUGCCAGAGGGCUUUUGACCAGUUCAAGACAAUUCUCCAAUCAAAUUUACUUCUGACGCAUUACGAUCCCAAACUACCGAUUAUUGUGGCAGCAGACGCAUCCAGCAGUGGAAUUGGUGCAGUCAUAUUCCACCAAUUCCCUGAUGGUGCCAUGAAGGCCAUACAGCACGCAUCCAGAACACUUGCUCCAGCAGAAUGA